UGGCAGGGGCGGCGUCGGCGUAUGAGGGUCAAGGCGUGCCGUGACGUCAGGGAAGAGGAAGCCAAUGCCGGAAGUGGCUGUGUUUGGGCGCUGAGGCCGGAGGGAAGGUCGGGGCCUGUCGCGCGAGGAAGUAUUCGCAGAGUGAGGCCCGUAUCGCCUUCCUCAGCCAUGGAUGCCGCGGCCUUGGAGCAGGACGCCGUCAAGUUCGCACAGCUGGCCGUCCAGCGGGACCAGGGAGGCCGCUACCAAGAAGCCGUCUUCUACUACAAGGAAGCUGCACAAGCACUGAUUUAUGCUGCAAUGGCAGGAUCAACAUUGGAAAAUAUUCCAGGGAAAAUAAGUGAAUAUUUGGAAAGGGUUCAGGCCCUACAUUCUGCAGUUCAUUCUCAGAAAGUUGACCCUCUGAAGUCAAAGCAGCAGUUGGAGUUGGAACGGGCCCAUUUCCUGGUUACACAAGCUUUUGAUGAAGAUGAGAAAGGCAACGGAGAUGAAGCGAUAGAGCUCUACACGGAAGCUGUGGAGCUGUGUUUGAAAACAGCAAAUGAAACUUCAGAAACAGUACUCCAAACAAAACUGAAGCAGUUGGCUCGACAGGCAUUGGACAGAGCAGAGGCAUUGAAAGACUCAAAGCCAUCUCAGAAGGACAAACCAGCACCAGUGAAAGCGAAUCAGCCUGUGAGAACCUUUUUCCCACUGGGACCUGAUUUUUCCUUGAACGAUAAGCCGCAAACCGUUAGACCUGUGCAUGCCAGUGAGCCUCAGGGCCAGCGCUACACAACAGAAGAGAUUGAGGUGCUCAGGAAGACAUCAAAGAUAAAUGGUAUCGAGUAUGUUCCCUUCAUGAGCGUUGACCUGAGAGAGCGUUUUGCUUUUCCACUUCCUUUUUCAGAUAAAUGUGGCAAGUUGCCUUUGUCUCCCAAGCAAAAAGCCAUGUUUUCUCGAUGGGUACGGCCAGAUGACAUAACAAACAAUCCCACCAUGAUCUAUACUGUGUCCAGCUUCAGCAUAAAACAGACAAUUGUGUCAGAUUGUUCUUUUGUAGCUUCACUUGCAAUUAGUGCAGCAUAUGAGCGACGAUACAGUAAGAAGUUGAUUACCAGCAUUAUUUACCCACAGAACAAAAAGGGAGAGCCAGAAUAUAAUCCUUGCGGGAAAUAUAUGGUUAAGCUGCAUAUCAAUGGUGUCCCCAGGAAGGUAAUCAUUGAUGAUUUCUUACCAGUAGAUCACAGCGGAGAACUUCUUUGCUCUUAUUCGAACAACAAAAAUGAACUUUGGGUGUCACUGAUAGAAAAAGCUUACAUGAAAGUCAUGGGAGGUUAUGAUUUCCCAGGAUCAAAUUCUAAUAUUGAUCUACAUGCAUUAACUGGCUGGAUACCUGAAAGGAUUGCUAUGCACUCAGAUAAUCAGACUUUUAACAAAGACAGUUCCUUCAGAAUGCUUUAUCAAAGAUUUCACAAGGGAGAUGUGCUCAUUACAACAGCAACGGGCAUGAUGACAGAAGAGGAGGGAGAAAGAUGGGGUUUAGUGCCAACCCAUGCGUAUGCUGUCUUGGAUAUUCGAGAAUACAAGGGACUUCGAUUCCUCCAGUUGAAAAACCCCUGGAGCCACCUGCGCUGGAAAGGAAGAUACAGUGAGAAUGAUAUGAAAAACUGGACCCCUGAACUCCAGAAAUACUUGAAUUUUGAUCCCAGAACUGCUCAGAAAAUUGACAAUGGAAUUUUUUGGAUCUCCUGGGAAGACCUGUGCCAGUAUUAUGAUGUUAUUUAUUUGAGCUGGAAUCCAAGUCUUUUUAAGGAAUCAACAUGCAUUCACAGUACCUGGGAUGCAAAACAGGGUCCCAUGAAAGAUGCUUACAGCCUGGCCAAUAAUCCACAGUACAAACUGGAGGUUCAGUGCCCACAAGGUGGUGCUGCUGUCUGGGUUCUUCUCAGCAGACACAUCACAGACAAGGAUGACUUUGCACGCAAUCGAGAAUUCAUCACAAUGGUUGUAUACAAAACAGACGGGAAAAAGGUUUACUACCCUGCUGAUCCACCACCAUAUAUUGAUGGCAUUCGGAUCAAUAGUCCACAUUAUCUGACCAAGAUGACACUGACAUCUCCAGGGACUCAUACGUUCACACUGGUGGUUUCUCAAUAUGAGAAACAGAACACAAUUCACUAUACCCUAAGGGUAUAUUCGGCAUGCAAAUUUACCUUCUCUAAGAUCCCAACACCAUAUACAGUAUCCAAAAGGGUGAAUGGGCAAUGGAAAGGUCAUAGUGCUGGUGGAUGUAGCAAUUUCAGAGAGACCUCCAAGAACAAUCCUAUUUACCAGUUCCAAAUGGAAAAGGCUGGUUCACUCCUUAUUGAGCUCCGAGGACCAAGGCAAUAUAGUGUUGGACUUGAACUCGUGACAGUCUCUUCAGUGGGAGACCCAGGUCCUUUGGGCUUUCAGAAAAAGAAUAGCGGUGAUUAUAGGUGUGGAUUUUGCUAUCUGGAAGUUGAGAGUCUCCCUGCUGGUGUUUACAAUAUUAUUCCAAGCACUUUUCUCCCUCAGCAGGAGGGGCCAUUUUUCUUGGACUUCAAUAGUGCUACCCCUGUUAGAAUAUCACAGCUGCAAUGAGGCCGCUUCACUCUGUGACCUUUUUUCAAUCAAGAAUAUGGCAGAACGAAUCAUUUGAAUGAUGUACUGGAGCACAAUCAAAGAACCAUCCCUAAGAAAAUGUUUACAUGAGAUGAACAAACUGAAUACGGACUCUCUUACAGGGAAUGUCACCCCAGAGUUGAAGUCUCCAGUCCUUUGUUGGACUGCAGCAGUCCUUUAACGUGUGGAAGUUGGGGAUAACUCAUUAUUUAGCCUAUGCUAAUACUUCAGUAGUGGCAAGCUAGAGGGCAAGCGAAGGCAAGUGCUUGAAUUUAUUUUUGUUCGUGUGAAAACUUAAUUUUGCAUGACUCUGGCACCUUACAUUGUUUUGAAUCAGGUUUUGGGUUUAAAAUAUCUUUUGUGUUUUUUGUUCUAGCAGCUGUCUUCCUAGACUUCAUGUUUUUUCAAACAUUAAGAUGAAAUACCUCCAGUUCUGUUAUUCUGGGAUACCUGGACUUGUGAAAAUCCUUUGUUUAUCUUGCUUGAAAUAACCUGGUUUGCUUUUGAUCAGGUGUAUUGUGGACUUUGGUUAUUGCUUGCACUAUAUUACUUGCUGGCGAGUAGGUUAAAUGCAAAUGCGAAAAGUGGAAAGUGUUCAGAAAGCAUCCAUGAAAUUGAGUUAGAGGAAGGAGACUUGGCUAUGUGAUAUUGCUGAAAGAAUAGCAGCAACCUUCUGAUUUCAUCUUAAGUUGCUUCUUUGCCUUGCCCAGAAGAUCUCUUCAAAUGUUUCUUUGGAGUUCAGAAGUGUAGAGGUGCAAUUAACCGUGGUUGUAGUUUUCCAGGUAUUAGAAUAUUACGAACACUGAUAACUUCUCAACCAGUAGUUGGUUCAGGGACCUCCCAACUGACACUGCUAUUUAUGGCAAAUCUUUUAAUCUUAGCUUUACACUUUAUCUUAAUGAGUCUGAUUUAUCAUUCGAAUCAAGCUUUUUGAGUCAAGGAUUUUUUGUGCCAAAAUUAACUCUUAGCCACUCCCUUCCAAUUGUCCAGUUUUAGGAUUAGCAAGACAUCUAGUCAGAUAUCAGUGCCUUUAGAAGACGCAGACGAUUUUGGAUUUAAAAAAAAAUCCCUGCCAGUUCACCAUAUUUUGAUCUCCCAAGCCAUUGGUAAAGGCAUGAACUACACAUGAUUUUCAUUCCGUCACAUAAACUGACUCUACUUCUUUUUCGGACCAUCUUCUUUUGACUGGAUGAAAAUCAUGCGUAGUUCAUGUCUUUACCAAUUCACAUACUGUCUUGCUGAAGAAAAGAUAUGCCAUGUAGAUGAUCAGUAAAGAAUAAGGUGUUUACUCUUUGUUAUGCAGAGCAACAUAUACAGUAAUGUGAACAGUUGCUUUGACUCACACAUUGUCCUUUUUGAGAGAGUUUCAAAUGGUCCUUCGGUGUCCAUAUGAAGUCCUUCCAGCAGUCAAGAAGCAAAAAAAUACUGUCUUAGCAAGCUCCUGCACAGAAAACAUAAGCAUGUAACUGUUGCCAAAACUCCCAGGCUCAGCUAGCUUCUGGGUGUGACCCAAAAAUGCUUCGUAUUUUUUGGUUAACACACUCACCAACUGAUUUUUUACAUGAUCCAACAGUUUAGCACAAAAAGUGGGUUGCUUUGCUGUUUACGUAAUGUCCCUUGGUGGAUGCCCAUACCACAGUCUUCCAUUCUAGGCCCUGACAUUUAAGGAAGGUGAUGCUUCUCUAAAGCAGUGUUUAUCAAACUGUGGGUCCCCAGAUGUUUUGGCCUUAAACUCUCAGAAAUCCUAACAGCUGGUAAACUGGCUGGGAUUUCUGGGAGUUGUGGGCCAAAACACCUGAGAACCCACAGGUUAAGAACCACUGCUCUAAAGGAUCAUGGAGAAAAAGAUCAAAUUUUGCUAUCAAUAAAUCCUAUCAAGCUUCAGCUUGUCACAUUAUAAGUAGGUUUUGUGAUUAACUUUGACAUAAAUAGAGAGACUUCACACAGGACGUUGCUCAAGCUGUAUAGGACCUCCAGUUUCAUGACAGAUGCCACCAAGAACACUAUUUCCUUUUACACCGGGCACAUUGCUGCCCCAGCUGUUAUUGAAUUGUUUAUGGAGCAGUUGCUCCAGCCAUAGGGCACUAUAGUCUGUUGUCAGUCCUAAGUACCAGUCACAAACCAACCCUUUAGCAGAGAACAAGUUGCUAAGCCAAUUCUCUCUAGGCCUUCCAAAGCACUUUCUCGAGAAAGAAAUAUUGGUACUCCUCAAGUAACUUAUUGGGAGAGCCAAGGAAAGUAUCCACCCCACCUUUUUAAGAUGGCUGAAGGUUCUGUAUACGUGAAGCUCUAUAUACAUCAACAUAUUUUUCUGGGUGUUAUUGCAAUUUUUUUCUGGGACACACUCCUCUUUUCUACAGACUACCUUUGACUACUCUGUGCCAUGAUCCAAGCACAGCUAUGCCCAAAAAUGGGGAUGAAUUCAUAGGGUAGCUGUUGUUAUUUCAGUCAUGUCACUUUGGAAGUGAAUACAACAUAACCCAACUUCAUGAAUAUCUUUCUCAGUCCUCCCUGAAUUUCACAAUAAGUACUAAUCUACAUUUUAGUUCAAGAAGGAAAUAAAAAAGUGUGUACUGCAGUCUUUCCAUGGCUAAACAGAAGGGGUCUGAGGAGUUGUAGGCCACAAGAUCUAAAGAACCAAAUGUUCCCUGAAUAUGAUGUCCUGUGUGUCAAAAUGACAGUAUGCUUUGUGCUUUAGACUCAACCUGUUGCACAUUUCUUAAGAUGUAUGCCAAAUGUACUGUACUUCAAUUGGUUGUUGUUGUUGUUGUUUUUGUGUGGGUGUGGGUCAGGGAAUACUUGAAAAGCUGCAAGUCGCUUCUGCUGUGAGAGAAUGGUCCGUCUGCAAGGACGUUGCCCAGGGGACACCCAGAUGUUUUAUCAUCCUGUGGGGGGCUUCUCUCAUAUCCCUGCAUGAGAAGCUGGAGCUGACAGACAGGAGCUCACCCCACUCCCUGAAUUUCGGUCAGCAGUCCUGCCAGCACAAGGGUUUAACCCAUUGCACCACUGUAACUGCCAUUGGUUAUAUCAGUAUUUCUCAGCCUGGGAGUCAGGCCCCUGGGGGGUCAUGAGGAGGUGUCAGAGGGGUCGCCAAAGACCAUCAGGAAACACAGGAUUUUCUGUUAGUCAUGGGGGUUCUAUGUGGGAAGUUUGGCCCAAUUCUAUUGUUGAUGGGGUUCAGAAUGCUCUUUGAUUGUAGGUGAAUUAUAAAUCCCAGCAACUACAACUUCCAAGUCCACUUUCCCCAAACUCCACCAAUGUUCACAUUUGGGCAUAUUGAGUAUUUGUGCCAAUAAUGGAUCUGGAUUCAAUUUGGUUUGGAUCCAUUAUUGUUCGAGUCCACAGUGCUCUCUGGAUGUAGGUGAACUACAACUGCAAAACUCAAAGUCAGUGUUCACCAAACCCUUCCAGUAUUUUCUGUUGGUCAUGGGAGUUCUGUAUACCAAGUUUGGUUCAGUUCUAUAUUUGAUGGAGUUCAGAGUGCUCUUUGAUUGUAGGAGAACUAUAAAUCCCAGCAACUACAACUCCCAAAUGACAAAAACAAUCCCCCCAAACCCCAUUAGUAUUCAAAUUUGGACGUAUCGGGUAUUUGUGCCAAAUUUGGUCUAGUGAAUGAAAAUACAUCCUGCAUAUCGGAUGUUUACAAUUCAUAACAGUAGAAAAACGACUGUUACGAAGUAGCAACAAAAAUAAUGUUAUCGUUGGGGGUCACCACAACAUGAGGAACUGUAUGAAGGGGUCGCAGCAUUAGGAAGGUUGAGAAGCACUGGGUUAUAGCCAAUCAUUUGAGUCUCCAAAAUUCAUUGCAUAAAUUCUAGAUGGAUGUUUAAAAACUGCCUGAUGAGAGUAGUUAACUGGUAAGGCUUAACACUGUCAAGGGUAAAGAUUUGGAAACACAUUUAGCAUAAUGGCAUGUAACACUCUCCUCGAAGCAAAACAUUAGCCGUCUAUGAUAACUGCUCUUUUAUGAAAUCGGCUACUAUUUAGCAGCUCAUACUGCUAAAUAAAAAUACUAGUGUCCGAGCCUGCCAAGCCACAGUAAUUUGUGAGGGUGUCUGUAAGGACUUGCUCUGUGUUUUACAUGUGUCUUCAAUCAUGUUGGCAAAGUAACCAAGUGUGACUGUGUCCUCUAUGCCUUGUGAUGUCCCAUUCUGUCCACUUGUCACUCUGAAGUGUCUGUUGUCAUGAAGCGUACAUUCAAUAUUGCCAGAGUCUGUUUAAUUUGGUCCACAUGAAUGCUUAUACUUGGUAUAAAGUAUACCAAAUAUUUGAGAGAGAGAAAGAAAACAGACUCAAAGAAACAAGUCAGAAAUAUUGUUUUGGGGUUUUUUUUUAGAAGUCACAGUCUAGAUCAGAUCCAUUUCAGGGGAAAAAAGGCUUGCUAUAUUUAUUUCUCAAGAUAGUACUAUGUACUGCAGACAGUGAAAUGAUUAAAGAUUUUCUUUACCUUG